GGUAGUUGGAGAACAAAUCGCGGCCGCUACCAUCUCGCGCGGCCGCUACCAUCUCGCGCUCCGCUCCUCUCCUCUCCUCUCUUUCGUUUGCAAUCUUCGCUCUCUUCCGGUCUCUCCUCGUCGUCGAGUUCAGGAGAAGGGUACCAGCCGAAGCGGAUCGAGAGAUGGUGGGGCCGGGUCGCCCGCUCUUCGUGCUCUUCGGGUCUUCCAUCGUCCAGUUCAGCUUCAGCAAUGGCGGAUGGGGAGCCAUCCUCGCGGACGUCUAUGCGCGUAAGGCUGAUAUUUUGCUACGUGGAUAUCUUGGUUGGAAUUCACAGCGUGGUGUUCAAGUGCUUGAAAAAGUUUUCCCAAAAGAUGCAGCUGUGCAACCCUCUUUAGUGAUAGUUUAUUUUGGUGGCAAUGACUCAAUGGGCUCUCACUCAUCUGGACUAGGUCCUCACGUGCCUCUUCCAGAAUAUAUUGAGAACAUGAGAAAGAUAGGAACUCAUCUCAAGAACUUAUCUGAAAAGACGCGCAUUAUCUUCCUUACUAAUCCACCGGUGAACGAGGAAUUGAUCCACCGUACGCAAAGUCCUUACCUAACUAAGUUAGUUCGGACAAAUGAAUUAUGCCGGAAAUAUUCUGAAGCUUGUAUAAAACUGUGCGAGGAGAUGGACAUAAAAUUUGUUGAUACGUUCAAUGCAAUACAAAAGCAGGAUGGCUGGCAAACUGCUUGUUUUGCUCCUGAUGGUAUUCACUUAUCCUCAGAAGGAAGCAAGAUACUAGUAGCUGAGAUAAUUAAGAUCUUGAAAGAAGCUGUUUGGAAGCCUUCUCUGUACUGGAAAUCUAUGCCAACCGAGUUCUCGGAGGAUUCACCUUACGACGUUGUUGCUUUGAAUGGAGUUUCUACGAUCAACAUUUCCAAUUUGACAACUCACAGAGAAAUUCAAUGGGAUUGAGAAACCUAUGACCCUACUAGUAAAUAAGCUAUGUAGAUGUGCUCCGCUUGAAACAUCCCAGCGCUAAGUAAAAUGGUAUGAGCAUCCUAAGACAGCUUAGAAUUAAACAUAGUGCUUGAACUAGACCUUGCAUUAUCAUUAAUUAAAAUUUUAUGCAUUUGACUA